CAGCGAAGAGGUGAAACCAAGAUGGCGGCCGCGCCGUGACUGAGCCUUGAGACAGAAGGACACGAACGGCCAGCGCCUCAGCCACCCAGCCCGCCCACGGAAGGGCCCCGCGCCUUGGCCCGGUGCGCGGGAAGGAGCAAGAGGAGUGCCGUGGGCGACGAGGCUCGAGCCCGGGACUCGUCAGCGGCGGCGGGAGCGGGAGCAGGAAGAACAUGGCGGCGGAGGAGUCGGGCUGGGAGUUGAGUCGCCGCUGCUCGCGAGGGGAGCUGAUGGGGGAGACCGAGCCGUGAGGCCGCCUGCGCGCCCCCGGCCCCGCUUCCUCUCCCCGCCCACGCCCAGGGAGGCAGGCAGCGAGGCACCAGCAACAGCAGCACCGUCCCCCCACCGCGGCCGCCACUGCCGGCUUAGGCCGCGGCCUCCUCUGCGAAGAAGGGGCGGCUCCGUCUCGAUCCCCUAGUCUGGCCAAAAGAAGGGGCUUCGGGCCUGGGAGCUCCGCGCACAAUAGAGCCGAGCAGAGGACGAACCGAUCCGCUCUGCCCGUUGUUUUCCCCCCUUCGCCUUCCGCUCCCCCCUAAAUACGUCUCCCCGAUCUAUCCUUACGGGUUUCCCUUCCCGCCACUCCCGUGGCACUUUUCGGUUUUUUGUUUUAUUGUGGGGAGGGGGGAACCUUUCGGUUGCGACUAGCUGAUCCCCCCCGCAUACCUUUCCUGUCACCCCUGAUCCGCCCGUUUUCUUUCUCCUCCCGCUGCUCUGUCACUUUCGCCUCGGAUCUGCGCCCCCCCCCCACUUCUUCAUGUCAGCCUGCCUUAUUGGCACACCCGGUUAAUUUCUACGCUUUUAGUCACCUGUGUAAUUCGGGACGCUUUUCACACCCUCCUCGUCCUUCUAUUCCCCCCCUCUCAACUCUGCCAUUGUUGCUUCCUGUUAUCUCGCAUUCUGCAAGGCAGUGCUGCUUCUUCACUGAAGAAGUUCUGUGUUCCCGCAAGACUUGCUUCCCUUCCUUUCCCUCCUCUCCUCCCCACCCCCCACAUUUUUGCUUUGGCCCCCUUUUGGGGGUGAUGCAGCAGCUACUCUAGCAGUUGCCAUAAAGAGGACUGUUGUGGGACACCUGCUGAGACUUUUUACUCUCUUUCCUGCUCCCCUUCACUGAGGGGGGGCAAAGCCCCCACCCUGCACAUCAGCUCAGUCAACUAUUGUAGUCCCCUGUGGUGUGGCAAGAGGCAGGAUGACUGAUACCCGGAGAAGGGUGAAGGUUUAUACACUGAAUGAAGAUAGACAGUGGGACGACCGAGGCACUGGACAUGUGUCCUCUGGCUAUGUGGAAAGGCUGAAGGGCAUGUCCCUGCUAGUCAGGGCAGAGAGCGAUGGUUCUCUUCUUCUGGAGUCCAAAAUCAAUCCUAAUACUGCUUACCAGAAGCAACAGGACACACUGAUUGUGUGGUCUGAAGCAGAGAACUAUGAUCUGGCACUUAGCUUUCAAGAAAAAGCUGGAUGUGAUGAAAUAUGGGAAAAAAUAUGUCAGGUUCAAGGGAAAGACCCUUCAGUGGACAUUACUCAGGAUCUGGUGGAUGAAUCUGAAGAGGAACGCUUUGAUGAUAUGUCAUCCCCAGGUCUAGAGUUGCCAUCUUGUGAAUUAAGUCGGCUAGAGGAAAUUGCAGAACUUGUGGCGUCUUCGCUGCCUUCCCCAUUGCGGCGAGAAAAACUUGCUCUAGCACUGGAAAAUGAGGGCUACAUUAAAAAGCUCUUAGAAAUUUUUCAUGUGUGUGAGGACUUGGAAAACAUUGAAGGACUACACCAUUUGUAUGAAAUUAUUAAGGGAAUCUUCCUUUUGAAUAGAACUGCACUUUUUGAAGUAAUGUUUUCUGAAGAAUGUAUAAUGGAUGUAAUUGGAUGCCUAGAAUAUGAUCCUUCUUUAUCACAGUCACGGAAACACAGGGAAUUUCUGACAAAAACUGCAAAAUUUAAAGAAGUUAUUCCAAUAUCUGAUCCAGAAUUGAAACAAAAAAUACAUCAGACAUACAGAGUACAGUAUAUUCAAGAUAUGGUUCUACCUACUCCAUCGGUGUUUGAGGAAAACAUGUUAUCAACACUUCAUUCAUUCAUCUUUUUUAAUAAAGUAGAAAUAGUUGGUAUGUUACAGGAAGAUGAAAAGUUUUUGACAGACCUGUUUGCACAACUUACAGAUGAAGCUACAGAUGAUGAGAAAAGACAAGAAUUGGUAAACUUUCUUAAAGAGUUUUGUGCAUUUUCUCAAACAUUACAACCUCAAAACAGAGAUGCUUUUUUCAAAACAUUGUCUAAUAUGGGCAUUCUUCCAGCACUAGAAGUCAUCCUAGGUAUGGAUGAUGCACAAGUGCGAAGUGCAGCUACUGAUAUAUUCUCAUAUUUGGUUGAAUAUAAUCCAUCUAUGGUACGAGAAUUUGUCAUGCAGGAAGCUCAACAGAAUGAUGAUGAUAUUUUACUCAUUAACCUCAUCAUAGAACACAUGAUUUGUGAUACAGAUCCUGAACUUGGAGGAGCAGUCCAACUGAUGGGUCUAUUGCGUACCUUGGUGGAUCCAGAAAAUAUGCUAGCUACUGCCAAUAAAACAGAAAAAACUGAAUUCUUGGGCUUCUUUUACAAACAUUGUAUGCAUGUCCUCACUGCACCACUACUGGCCAAUACUACAGAGGAAAAGCCUAGCAAAGAUGACUUUCAGACAGCCCAGCUAUUGGCCUUGAUAUUAGAGUUACUAACUUUCUGUGUGGAACAUCAUACAUACCAUAUAAAGAACUACAUUAUAAAUAAGGAUAUCCUUCGAAGAGUGCUAGUUCUGAUGUCUUCAAUGCAUGCCUUCUUGGCACUAUGUGCCCUGCGUUUUAAAAGAAAGAUAAUUGGGUUGAAGGAUGAAUUCUACAACCGCUAUAUAAUGAAAAGUUUUUUGUUUGAACCAGUGGUCAAAGCAUUUCUCAGCAAUGGAUCUCGCUAUAAUUUGAUGAAUUCUGCAAUUAUAGAGAUGUUUGAAUUUAUCAGAGUGGAAGACAUAAAAUCCUUAACAGCUCAUGUAAUUGAGAAUUACUGGAAAGCACUAGAAGAUGUAGAUUAUGUGCAGACAUUCAAAGGUUUGAAAUUGCGUUAUGAACAACAAAGGGAAAGACAAGAUAAUCCCAAACUUGACAGCAUGCGUUCCAUCUUGAGAAACCAUAGAUACAGGAGAGAUGCAAGGACCUUGGAGGAUGAGGAAGAAAUGUGGUUUAACACUGAUGAAGAUGAUAUGGAAGAUGGAGAGGCUGUGGUGCCACCUUCUGACAAAAGUAAAAAUGAUGAAGAUAUUAUGGAGCCUAUAAGUAAAUUUAUGGAAAGAAAAAAAUUUAAAGAAAGUGAAGAAAAAGAGGUCCUUCUGAAAACUAAUCUUUCUGGUCGCCAGAGCCCAAGUUUCAAACUUUCUUUCUCUAGUGGUACAAAGGCUAACCUCACCAGCCAGUCAUCUGCAAGUAAUUUGCCUGGGUCCCCUGGGUCCCCUGGAUCUCCUGGGUCCCCUGGAUCUCCUGGAUCAGUUUCUAAAAGCACAUCUCAGAUGGCAGCUAUAACUACCAAGGGAGGCCUAGUGGGGCUUGUAGAUUAUCCUGAUGAUGAUGAUGAGGAUGAUGAAGAAAGCAUACCUUUGUCACAGAAAGCAAAGCUAGAGUCCUCAUAAUGACAGCUCUGAAAAUUAAUAUUGGUUGAGGGAUAAACAAAGUUUCCAGAGUGGGAAAAGUUUAUAAUUAAAAACUAUAAUUUCUAAUGAAUUACUGUGUAUAACACAGAUCAACUUUAAAAACAUGGAUUUCUGCUAGUCAAGUGCCAAUUUGAAGGAGCAGAAGAAGAGGAAAUACUAUGCUUUAUGGAAAAGACAUGCCUUUGACCUCUCCAGCUUGGACCACACAUUGCCCUUUUCUCAGGGAAGGAAACGGAAAAAAUAUAUAUAUGUAAAAGCCAACAGGGCAGGAGUUUUGGUAGUGGAACUCUGGAUUGGCUGUUCAGUUUGUUACAAUCAGAAUAUGCUUUCUUGGACCAUGUACAAGACUUUGAAGAAAAUGCUUUUUCUGCCCUAAUUCUUCACUAGCUAAGAAUGCCAGCAGUUUCUUUGUCUAAAGAGACCUGCCUUUGAAACCAUACAUUCUGAACAUUUCAGUCAAGCUACAACAGGUUUUAAAGAAAAACUCAUUGGGGGAGGGCUGAACAUAAGUUUCCUCUUUUCUUUCUUUUUUUUAAAAAAAAUCUGUUCCCUUUUGCCCUUUAAACUGCAGAUUUUUGUUUGGAGCUAAGGGAUUUGUCUAUCCCUUGAUUAAAGAUUGAAUGGAAUUCUAGAUGUGGUCACUUUUGUGUCAUAUUUUUAUUUUGCCCCGAGUGUAUGCUUAGUUGUUGAGUAUAUAUUUGGGACCAUUAAAAAUUUUUUGAUGUAAUAUAAUCUCACUGUUGUGCUGGUACCUGUUUCACCCGUGUAAUUCUGUUCUGCAUCACAAUUCUUGAUAUGUUUAGGAUUUUAUGGGAGAUGGUAUAGUUUUUAUUGAAAAAGAGCAAAUGAAUCUUGCCACAAUGUGCAUACAAAAGCAAUACUAUUUUGUGACUAAAUAUUUUAUAUUAAACUUUACAUCAUCAACUGUCUUGAAACAAUUCAGGGAAAUAGGUUGUUUUAAAAAAAUAAAAAAUAAAAUAAAGAAACCUAUAAAUAUGAAAUUAGUAUUCCAAAGAGAUUUUGAAAUUUCCUAGCUUGGAACCAUGCUGGUACAUUUAAAUCAAAUUUGAAAUGGUUAUUUAAGAGUACUGACACAUUUGAGUUUUUAAAAUAAAAACAAAUAGAAAUGAAACGAUUUACUGCAUUAGUGGCAUUUUUUUAAAAAAACUUCUGACUCCCUUUGGAAUACCAGUUUUACUUUCACAGAUUGUGCUGGGACUGAAAUAUUAAUGAGGAUUCAGGUUAUUAAUCUAUUCUAGUUCUUGAUAGGAAAAUAUUGGUAUAACACUGGUUAUCUUUUGUCUGCUCAUUGCAAACUGGACUAAAACUUUGGUUUCCAUAAGAUAGUUAUAAGAACUGAAUUUCCAUUUGCUGGAAACAUGUUACUGGUUGCUUGUUGGGGAAGUGGAGAGAAGACCAAUUUAGGAUGUGUUCUAUUGUAUAAUAUCCAGAAAGAUUUCUCAAGUUGGUAUAGUUCUUGGGUGAACAUGCACCUCUGUCCCUUCCUGCAAAGAGAAAAUAUCAAGUAGUUGAAAAGUAUCCUAUUUGUCAAAUCAAAACACCAACAUCUUUCCAGGAAAAGUUCCAUUCACUCCUCUCUACAGAGGGGGAGAGUUGCUCAAGUUCAAGUUUUGAGGUUGAACUUCCCUGGAAAGUAUUGAGUCCCAGUAUAACUCAAUCAUCCCACCAUCUAGAAUCAACUGUCAAGAGCUGCUUCAAGCAGCACUGGUGGUUUUACCCAUUUUUACACUACAGAAUAUCCCUUUAUGACCUUUAAGCCCUGAGAGGUAGUUUGAAUUGCAUAAACUUGUAUCUGAGUGCAGGUUUUUGAUGUUUGUUAGUGCUCUCUUUGCUCAGUAUGUUUGACAUGUGUUAUAACAUGGAGUUCUCUUAAUAUAUUGGACACACUUAAAUAUUUAUUCUUCAUCACACUCUACCUCGGUCAAUAAAGGAAAAUGUAGGAUGUCUUUAGCAUAAAGUAAAACUUUUUUUAGUAGGCAUUAUAUUCACUGCAAGGAGAGCAUCACAUUGCUACUUCUCUCUCCUACAUAGGCACUAUUUAAUAUGGAUUUGAUCCUGUGCCAUAUUCACCUGAUCCUUGUGUUCUUCAGUUACAAUUUUCAGCAACUUGCCUAAGUGUUUCCCAAGAUUUCUUGGGAGAUGUUCAAACAUUUACAGUGAUUCAAAAUUGUUUUGCUUGUUGUAAAGCUAACCUGUGAUUUUACUGUGGACCAGAUAGCCAAUCACUUUCAACCUAGCCUAGCUUUGCAGUGUCCCAAGUCUAGUACUCUGCCUGUUGAGUUAAACUUUGCUCUCCGCACAGCACCCUCCCCAGUUGGCACCGAUGGAAGUUCUGAGACUAUAUUUUGGAUUAUGAUUUGACGUUAGAAGCAUAAGGUGAAACAGUUGUGUGGCUCAGCCAUGCGGCAGGCCUGCCAAGAAUACAGAGGGGUGGUUUUCCUUCAAUUUUAAGGAAAGAAGGUUGGUGUCUGUAGGGAAUGCUGUUUGAAUGACAGCAGGAAAGUUGAAUAGAUUACAUUGAUUAGCUCGGAGCCCACAAUAAAUGGGAUAUGGAUCCAUCUUCAUAGGAAGUGAGAGUUUGUAGUAUGUCUGCUAUGAAUUACAGUGGUACCUCGAGUUACAAAUGCUUCAGGUUACAAACUCUGCUAACCUGGAAGAGUUACCUCAAGUUAAGAAUUUUGCCCCAGGAUGAGAAUGGAAAUUGUGUGCUGGCAGCACAGCGGCAGCAAGAGACCCUAUUAGCGAAAGCAGGCCUCUAGUUAAGAACAGUUUCAGGUUAAGAACGGACCUCAGGAACGAAUUAAGUUCUUAACUAGAGGUACCACUGUACUUAAAUCACAUGCUCCAACAGUUCCUGAGGAUCAUAGUAUAUUUUCUGAAGCACAUCAAGCUACAAAUUUAUUAAACAAAUAACAUCCAGUAUUGUGUGUGUCUCCAUCAAUUUGAUAACAGGGGAAGGGGAUUAGCUAGGGUACUUAGUGCUCCCAGGAGGCAAAGUGCAGAGUUUUCAGACCACCCACAUACAAGUAAUGAAGAUAGGAAGCUUACAGAUACAAAUUUCUUAUCCUUUUUCCAUACGUUGAAAGAUGGGGAAUUAAUAACUGGGUUACAAAUAUCAACGAAUUUCCCUCAGCUGAUUACCUACUGAAGAUGUCUAAUGCAAAGGUGAGUAGAUCAAAACCCCUUCAUGAAACACCAUGCUUCACCCCUAUGAAAACUUUUCUGAAAAUUGUAAAGGUCAUAUUUACCCUUUCUUAAUGUUUGGAAGGUAAAUGGUGUUUCCGUGCAGUGCUCUGGCUUUGCCAGAAGUCGCUUAGUCAUGCUGGCCACAUGACCGGGAAAAGCUGUCUGUGGAAGCGGACAAGCGCCGCAACCCCAACCCCAGAGUCGUUCACGACUGGACUUAACUGUCAGGGGUCCCUUUACCUUUACUUCAUAAAAAGCCCAGUUGAUGUAUUUAUUCAUAGCUGUCCUAUUACCUUACUUAUUUUUGUCUUGACAGAAGGCCAGGAGUAAUACGUUUUUAAAAUGGGAUCUUCUUCCACGAUUAUUUUGGUCUACUGGUGUGCUGUUCAACCAACUCUCUUUUCUCUUAGUGAUUAUGUACACACACAACCUGACAUGACAACUGUUCCUCUGCAGUAAGGAGAACCCUCCUACGCUGUCGAAACUAUUUUAGGGUUAGUUUGCCAUGCAGUAAGGGAAUUGGUACCACACAUGAGUAUGCAUGCCGUAUUCUUUGGGGGGGGGGUCUGCCCCGCUUUUUGGCUUCCCAAAAGUGCUCCUUCCAGAUUACAAAAACACAACAAAAAUGAGAGACUAAUGCCAGCAUGUUGUAAAACCGUGGCCUGAUAGAUCAAGCGGCUGUGUGAUAAAAGUUUCCUAAUCAUUAGGCAAGGCAAUGCAGCUUGCACAGUUAUAACCAUCAUAGGAAGUUAGGAUGUGGACACCUGUAUGGACCCCACCAUAUUGCU